AUGGGUUCUUUGUUACCCCCGGAAGGGAGGAAAGCCAAGUUCUCCCAGCUGUAUGUGUUUGACACAGAUGAUGAAAUUGGUGAUCGACUUUCUAAUUUUUCAUCAACCAGUCUUGCUUUGAGGCCUCAAAUAUUUGAUGGUUUGAUUAGAAUGUUUGAUCAAACAAAUGAAUUGGUUAAAAGUUUUCGUAGAGUGGCUAGGGAGGUCCAAGAUCCAGCCAAUCAUAACCUUCGUCUUAGAAUAACAGGUAAUCGGGAAAGCAACAAUCGACAGUAUGAUCUACCUACUGGGUCUGAUGUGGCAGGUCUUAUACCUGGUGACUUCAAUGCUGAAGAUGAUGAUAGAGACAUCAUUAUUAACCACCGGGAAGAAGGGUUGCAGCGAAUUUAUAGCCUCAAUCCGAAAUUUCAUGCUUUGCAGUUCCCUAUUCUUUUCCCAUAUGGGGAAGAUGGUUUCCAUUUGGGAAUAAAGUUUAUCUCCUUGGAUGAAAAUUCUGAACAAACUUGGAUGAAGAUUCCUAAGUACUUAGUCCUACCACAUGAGGGUGACUCAAUUCAGCCAAUUGUUGACUUUGUCUUCCAAGGACUGCUGGAGUCUUACAGGUCAGUUUCCUUCCUAAAAAACCGUGCUAUUGUCACCCCGACAAAUGAAACAGUAUCUAGGAUAAAUGCUUCUAUUCUUUCGUGCAUUCCUGAGGAGACCAAACACUACUACAGCACAGAUAGUUUGUGUACUGAAUCAACAGAUAAUUCAGACCUGGAUACCCUGUACCCUAUUGAAUUUCUAAACUCUCUCUCCUUUAAUGGGAUGCCUGAACAUGAACUUACUCUAAAGCUGUAUACACCCAUUAUGUUGCUUCGAAAUAUUGAUCCCUCGGCUGGUAUGUGUAAUGGAACACGAUUGAUGAUAACACAUCUUGGAGAAAAUGUGAUCAAAGGAAUCAUACUUACUGGUACUUACGAGGGUACAGUGGUAGCUAUACCGAGAAUCGCUCUGAACUUUAGUGAUCACAAAUGGCCAUUCACAAUGAAGCGAAGGCAGUUUCCAGUCCGACUUUGCUAUGCCAUGACAAUCAACAAAAGUCAAGGCCAAACACUAGAAAGAGCAGGAGUCUUCUUACCUAAGCCUGUGUUCAGUCAUGGUCAACUGUAUGUAGCUGUUUCUCGAGUUCGCUCAGCAGCAGGUCUUAGAUUACUCAUACACAAUGAUGAUAACCUGCCCUCUGAUUGCACAAAAAACAUAGUCUACACGGAGCUGUAUUCUGAAUUAUCCUUCCCUGGUAACUUUGCAUAA